AUGUGCGACUGUUUCAACCUGGGCUUCCCCAACUGGCAUGGCUCGCUGGGCACAGGGUCCGGACGAAGGCUGAAGGGACCAGAGCCUGACACGGUGGAUGAUUCAAUAUGUGAAGAGUCAUCUGAGUUUAUAGAGGGGGAGAGACCUCGCCCUCAAGGAUCCUCCCCUGUAGAUGAAUACCCUGAGACUGACAAAUACAAGGACAGUGAUAAACAGGGUGGAGGUGGGAGUGGCAAAAAAGGAAAGAGAGGUUUUGGGUCCCUGUUUGAAAAGCGCUCCCCUGCCAAGAUGAGUCAACUGGAGAGCCCAGAGUCAGGAGUGAUUGUGAAAAUGGCAAAAGAGACAUGUGCCGAGGGCCUCGUUGUAAGUGGAGGGAAGGAGGGAAUCUUCAUCAAAGAAGUGAGGCCAGAGUCACCAGCCUCAAAGCUUCUUAGUCUACAUGAGGGUGAUCAGAUACUCAGUGCCACUGUGUAUUUUGACGAUGUUACAUAUGAAGAUGCUCUACAGAUAUUGGAACAUGCCCAGCCUUACAAGAUGGAGUUACUUCUGAAACGCAAACCAAUAAAGACAUCCACACUUGAGAGUGAACCAGCCCUUGAAAUCAUCCAACAAUCAAUCAGCUAUUCACUUUUUGUUAUCCUACAGGUGGAAGAAGGUUCCUCUCCGGAAAUGAGGGGACAUUCAAAGACAAAAAGGCAUGGUGACCGAAUCUCUUGGCCCAAGUUCCCCUCCUUCAGCAAAAGUCAAAAGUCCCAUUUUAAGAGGUCUCACAGUACUUCAGAGGCAGAUGAUAAGAGGAAGCUGGAGCUUAGCCCUACAACAAGUGACACAGAGUCGCCAAUAAAAUCUCAGGAGGCUGUCAAGGGCAAGACAAAGAAGCAUAAGAUAAAGUUAUCAAGCAUGAAGAUGAAGGGCCGCAAGAGCAUGUCUGUUGAACAGCCGGACCAGGACAUAGACAUACUAACUGUAGAACGUGUAGAGGGUAUGGAAAAUCAACAGAGUCAAGAUGACAUACACUCACCAGAUGGUCUAGAGAGCGCAUCAGUAGAUAUAUCUCAAGUAUAUGUGUUAGAAUCAGAAUCUGAAAAAAUUGAACCCACCAAGAUGAGAAAUGAAUGUAUUAUUCCAGACCUGGCAGGCUCUGAAAUGAAAAAACACAAGGUAGAACUCAUUAGUCUGGACAAAACUUUGAAAACCACAGACAUAACAGUUGCUCUUGCUGAUCAAGAAAGUCCCUCAACCAAGAAAUCUCCAGAGGGAAAGACAAAGAAGAAAGAGAAUAAAGAGAGGUCAGAACUAAAGUUUACAUUCAAGGGAAAUGAGAAAAAAGACAAACACAAGCAAAACAUACCAGUAAAAGUAUCACUAAAAAACCUGAAGACACCAAGAACAGAUAUGAUAACAUCUGAUCUGUCUGCACAUGACAAUACAUUGCUGAGCCCAACUGUAGUAUCACAUACUGAGCUGGAGGAGUGUCAACUCCCAAUUGAUAUCAACACUCAAGUAAUCAUCAAUGAGAGUUCAGGGAAAACCCUACCCUCCACUGAUAAGGAAAUGAGCAUGCCAAAAGUAGACAUCUGCCUUGACAUGUCAGAUAUAGGAUUUAUCAGGAAAUCCCCUCAGAUUGGACAAGAACAACACUUGAAAGAAACAUAUGUUAAAACUGAUGUGAAUGCACAGGAAAUUAGCAUACAUGCUAAGGUCAUCAGUAUUACAAUGGAACCAGACUCGCAGAUGGAAAUACAAGCUUCAAAGUUACCUACAGAGAGAAGCAUUGAUGAUGUUUUAGCACAAAUUGGUACAGGAUCUGCUCCCAAAUUCAAACUGCAGAGGGUGGACCCUGCUGACUUUGUAACUGACAAACCCAUAAAAAUGACAGAUGUGAAGAUUGUAGAAAAGGACGUGAAAGGCCUUACGGUUGAGGAUAAGGGGUUAAGGAUACUUCCAAGCCGUGAGGAUAUUGAGAUCCCAGGCAUAGAAGAUGCAUCAUUAACUAGCACCAAGGCCCCAGUGAUAAAACAGCCUAAAACAGCAUUCACUCUUCCUGUUGAAGAAAUCCAGGCGCAGACUGUACAGAUGGUUAUAGACGUUGAUAGAGUUAAAGAAGCUGUCUCCAAAUUGCCAGGGUUCAAGCUGCCGCAGGGUGACAUUGCAGGCCUGCCUGCUCAUCAACAAAUCACAAUGACAGACGUGAAUGCAGAAAGAGUAGAUGCCACCCUAUCUAAAAUCACAGACAUAAAGGCACAGUUGGACACUUAUGCCAAAAAGACUGACAUAAAUGCUUUACCAGAAAAGUUGAGCAGGAGCUCAGUUACCACAUUCAAAUUGCCAAAGACCCAACUUUUUGAUCUAGGUGCUCAUGAACCUAUUACUAUGACAGAAAUUGACCAUACAAAAACAAAACAGGAAGCUGGAAAGACCAAUGAGGAUGAAAUCCAAAUUGAACUCCAUAAACGAGAGAACAUAGAGAAAGCUGGAAUGGAAACUAUACAACAAAAAGGAACUCCCAACAAAGUGGAAAAGGAAAAAGAGACUGGUGAAAUUCUGGAGCCUAAGUUGGCAGUACCAGUACCUGAGGGGCCAACCAUCACAUCUGAGGAGAGAAAUCGUAUACCUGCCACUUACACUAAAGGAUUAGAUAAGAAGUCAAAGAAAGCAAAUAUUUCAAUGCCUAGGUUUGGAAUAACACAAACGGAUAUUAGAUUCUCAGACAUUGGGAUUGGACUACCAAAAAGAGACACCUCGGUGGAAAAGAAGGAUGAGGUCAAAGAUGAAAGCAAUGCAUUGCACCUUGAAAUGAAAAUGUCAGAGGCUGAAAUUAAACUCAGCAAAGUACCAGAUUCUGAAUAUUCCACUAUCAAAACUCAUGUGACAGACCUUCAAACACCUACAAUACGAACUUUAAGCUCAGAAACAAUGCUAGAGGUACCUUCAUCUGACAUUGAAGAAGCAGUUAUGGGCAUUGAUGUCCAAUCUGUUGAUGUCGGGAGAGGAGACAUCCAAAUACCGGAUGUUGAAGCCGAAGUACCCUCCGUUGAAGUUGAAAUACCAGAAACAGUUUAUAAAGAUAUUGAUGUGAAAAUGAAAAAACGACAGAUGUCAUUCCCCAAAUUUGGAGUUAAAGCCCCAGGGAUUGAUGUUGGUGUGCUAAAACCAGACAUCUCUCUUCCCGAGGGAAACAUGGAGGUCAAAUUGCCUGAGGUGGAAAUUGAAGUUCCAAAGCUUCAAGUGGAAGUGAAAGAUACAAGAUUUAAAAUCCCAACUUUAAAAUUCCCUAAAUUUGGAGCAGUUGCUCCAAUCGUCACAGUAGAGUUACCUGAUGUGGACAAGGAUAUCAAACUUCAUGGAACUGAAAGUCCAGAACCCAAGCUGUCAAUAUCAGGAAAAGUACAUGAAGUUGACUUUGAAAAACAGAGUGACUUUAAAAAAUCUAGUGUUAAGAUCCCAUCUAUAGAUGUGGAUGUGAAGACUAAAGGACUUGAACUGGAGGGGCAAGGAAGCAAGUUUAAACUGCCAAAUCAGGGAAUUUCAUUAACAAAAGUAAAAGGUCCUGAGAUAGAUUUAGGUGUAUCGAAGAAAGACAUAGAUGUCACUUUACCAGAGACCAACAUGGAGAUCCAACCACCUGAUGUUGAACUCAAAGUGUCUUCUGGUGAAGUUCAAAUGCCUGAGCGAGCUGCUACAGAGAUUGAUGUGAAAGUGAAAAAGCCACGGAUUUCAUUUCCAGGGCUUGGAUUUUCAAAACCUGAAGUAUGUGAGGUUGAUGUCAGUCUUCCAAAGGUGAAUAUUUCUCUUCCAGAAGGAAAUGUGGGGGUCAAAAAGUCAGAGGUGGAAAUGACAGCUCCAGAGAUUCAAGUUGAAAUGAAACAUGAUAUUGAGCUUGAGGGACAAGGAAGUAAGUUCAAACUACCCAAAUUUGGAAUCUCAAUGCCAAAGGUAAAAGGUCCUGAGAUUGAUUUAGGUUUAUCAAAGAAAGUCAUAGAUGUCACUUUACCAGAGGACAAAGUGGAGGUCCAACCACCUGAUGUUGAAAUCGAAGUGCCUUCUGGUCAAGUUCAAAUGCCAGAGGGAGCUGCUACAGAGAUUGAUGUGAAAAUGAAGAAGCCCCGGAAGUCAUUUGGAUGGUUUUCAAAACCAGAAGUGAAAGCACCGGAGGUUGAUGUCAGUCUUCCAAAGGUGGGCAUUUUGCUUCCAGAAGGAAAGGUAAAGUUCAAAGAGCCAGAGGUGGAAUUUAAAGCUCCAGAGAGUCAAGUUGAAGUGGAACAUGAUAUUGAGCUUCAUGGACAAGGAAGUAUGUUCAAACUACCUAAAUUUGGAAUCUCAUUGCCGAAGGUGAAAGGUCCUGAAUUUGACUUAAGUAUCUCAAAGACAGAUGUAGAUGUCAACUUACCAGAGAGAAGAGCAGUCCAACUACCUGAUGUUGAAGUUGGAGUGCCCUCUGUUAAAGUUGAAAAACCAGAAGCAGUUUCUAAAGAUAUUGAUGUGAAAUUGAAAAAGCCCCGAAUGUCAUUCCCCAAAUUUGGAUUUUCAAAACCAGAAGUUAAAGCACCCGAGGUUGAUGUCAGUCUUCCAGAGGUGGAUAUUUCUCUUCCAGAAGAAAAUGUGGAGGUCAAAGAGCCUGAGAUGGAAAUUGAAGCUCCAGAGAUUCAAAUUGAGGUGAAAGAUACUGUAGGCUCCCCCUCAAGAUUCAAAAUGCCAACUUUAAAAUUCCCUCAAUUUGGAGCAGCUGCUCCAAACAUCACAGUAGAGGUACCUGAUGUGGACAAGGACGUCAAGGUUCAUGGAUCUGAAAUUCCAGAACUCAAACUAACAAUGUCAGCAAUUAACAUUGAAAAGCCAAGUGUUGACCUUAAAGGUCCAUCUAUAGAUGUGGAUGUGAAGAGCAAAAUACUUGACAUUGUCACUUUACCAGAGGCCAGCGUGGAGGUCCAACCACCUAGCACUGAACUCAAAGUGCCUUCUGGUAAAGGUGAAAUUCCUGAGGGAGUUGCUACAGAAAUUGAUGUAAAAAUGAGAAAGCCCCGGAUGUCAUUUGGAUGGUUUUCAAAACCAGAAGUGAAAGCACCAGAGGUUGAUGUCAGUCUUCCAAAGGGGGACAUUUCUCUUCCAGAGGAAAAGGUGGAGGUCAAAGAGUCAGAGGUGGAAAUUAAAGCUCCAGAAAUUCAAGUUGAAAUGAAACAUGGAAUUGAGCUUGAGGGACAAGGAAGUAAGUUCAAACUACCAAAAUUUGGAAUCUCAUUGCCGAAGGUUAAAGGUCCUGAAUUUGACUUAAGUAUCUCAAAGACAGGUGUAGAUGUCAACUUACCAGAGAGAAGAGCAGACCAUCUACCUGAUUUUGAAGUAGGAGUGCCCUCUGUUGAAGUUGAAAUACCAGAAGCAGUCUCUAAAGACAUUGAUGUGAAAUUGAAAAAGCCCCGAAUGUCAUUCCCCAAAUUUGGAUUUUCAAAACCAGAAGUUAAAGCACCUGAGGUUGAUGUCAGUCUUCCAGAGGUGGAUAUUUCUCUUCCAGGAGAAAAUGUGGAGGUCAAAGAGCCUGAGAUGGAAAUUGAAGCUCCAGAGAUUCAAGUUGAGGUGAAAGAUACCGUAGGCUCCACCUCAAGAUUCAAAAUGCCAACUUUAAAAUUCCCUCAAUUUGGAGCAGCUGCUCCAAACAUCACAGUAGAGGUACCUGAUGUGGACAAGGACGUCAAGGUUCAUGGAUCUGAAAUUCCAGAACCCAAACUGACAAUGUCAGCAAUUAACAUUGAAAAGCCAAGUGUUGACCUUAAAGGACCAUCUAUAGAUGUGGAUGUGAAGAGCAAAAGACUUGACAUUGUCACUUUACCAGAGGCCAGCGUGGAGGACCAACCACCUAGCACUGAACUCAAAGUGCCUUCUGGUAAAGGUGAAAUCCCUGAGGGAGUUGCUACAGAAAUUGAUGUAAAAAUGAGAAAGCCACGGAUGUCAUUUGGAUGGUUUUCAAAACCAGAAGUGAAAGCAUCGGAGGUUGAUAUCAGACUUCCAAAGGGGGACAUUUCUCUUCCAGAGGUAAAGGUGGAGGUCAAAGAGUCAGAGGUGGAAAUUAAAUCUCCAGAAAUUCAAGUUGAAAUGAAACAUGGAAUUGAGCUUGAGGGACAAGGAAGUAAGUUCAAACUACCAAAAUUUGGAAUCUCAUUGCCGAAGGUUAAAGGUCCUGAAUUUGACUUAAGUAUCUCAAAGACAAAUGUAGAUGUCAACUUACCAGAGAGAAGAGCAGACCGUCUACCUGAUGUUGAAGUAGGAGUGCCCUCUGUUGAAGUUGAAAUACCAGAAGCAGUCUCUAAAGGCAUUGAUGUGAAAUUGAAAAAGCCCAGAAUGUCUUUCCCCAAAUUUGGAUUUUCAAAACCAGAAGUUAAAGCACCCGAGGUUGAUGUCAGUCUUCCAGAGGUGGAUAUUUCUCUUCCAGAGGAAAGGGUGGAGGUCAAAGAGCCUGAGGUGGAAAUUGAAGCUCCAGAGAUUCAAAUUGAGGUGAAAGAUACUGUAGGCUCCCCCUCAAGAUUCAAAAUGCCAACUUUAAAUUUCCCUCAAUUUGGAGCAGCUGCUCCAAAUAUCACAGUAGAGGUACCUGAUGUGGACAAGGAUGUCAAGGUUCAUGGAUCUGAAAUUCCAGAGCUCAAACUGACAAUGUCAGCAAUUAACAUUGAAAAGCCAAGUGUUGACCUUAAAGGUCCAUCUAUAGAUGUGGAUGUGAAGAGCAAAAUACUUGACAUUGUCACUUUACCAGAGGCCAGCGUGGAGGUCCAACCACCUAGCACUGAACUCAAAGUGCCUUCUGGUAAAUGUGAAAUUCCUGAGGGAGUUACUACAGAAAUUGAUGUAAAAAUGAGAAAGCCACGAAUGUCAUUUGGAUGGUUUUCAAAACCAGAAGUGAAAGCACCGGAUGUUGAUGUCAGUCUUCCAAAGGGGGAUAUUUCUCUUCCAGAGGUAAAGGUGGAGGUCAAAGAGUCAGAGGUGGAAAUUAAAUCUCCAGAAAUUCAAGUUGAAAUGAAACAUGGAAUUGAGCUUCAGGGACAAGGAAGUAAGUUCAAACUACCAAAAUUUGGAAUCUCAUUGCCGAAGGUUAAAGGUCCUGAAUUUGACUUAAGUAUCUCAAAGACAGAUGUAGAUGUCAACUUACCAGAGAAAAGAGCAGACCAACUAUCUGAUGUUGAAGUAGGAGUGCCCUCUGUUGAAGUUGAAAAACCAGAAGCAGUCUCUAAAGACAUUGAUGUGAAAUUGAAAAAGCCCCGAAUGUCAUUCCCCAAAUUUGGAUUUUCAAAACCAGAAGUUAAAGCACCCGAGGUUGAUGUCAGUCUUCCAGAGGUGGAUAUUUCUCUUCCAGGAGAAAAUGUGGAGGUCAAAGCGCCUGAGAUGGAAAUUGAAGCUCCAGAGAUUCAAAUUGAGGUGAAAGAUACCGUAGGCUCCCCCUCAAUAUUCAAAAUGCCAACUUUAAAAUUCCCUCAAUUUGGAGCAGCAGCUCCAAACAUCACAGUAGAGGUACCUGAUAUGGACAAGGGCAUCAAGGGUCAUGGAUCUGAAAUUCCAGAACUCAAACUGACAAUGUCAGCAAUGAACAUUGAAAAGCCAAGUGUUGACCUUAAAGGCCCAUCUAUAGAUGUGGAUGUGAAGAGUAAAACACUUGAAAUUGUCACUUUACCAGAGGCCAGCGUGGAGGUCCAACCACCUAGAAUUGAACUCAAAGUGUCUUCUGGUGAAGUUGAAAUGCCUGAGGGAGCUGCUACAGAAAUUGAUGUGAAAAUGAAAAAGCCACGGAUGUCAUUUGGAUGGUUUUCAAAACCAGAAGUGAAAUCACCUGAGGUUGAUGUCAGUCUUCCAAAGGUGGAUAUUUGUCUUCCAGAGGGAAAAGUGGAGGUCAAAGAGCCUGAGGUGGAAAUGACAGCUCCAGAGAUUCAAGUUGAAGUGAAACAUGAUAUUGAGCUUGAGGGACAAGGAAGUAAGUUCAAACUACCCAAAUUUGGAAUAUCAUUGCCAAAGGUAAAAGGUCCUGAGAUGGAUUUCAGUGUAUCAAAGAAAGUCAUAGAUGUCACUUUACCAGAGAACCAAGUGGAGGUCCAACCACCUGAUGUUGAUAUCGAAGUGCCUUCUGGUGAAAUUGAAAUGCCCGAUGGAGCUGCUACAGGAAUUGAUGUGAAAAUGAAAAUACCACAGAUGUCAUUUGGAUUGUUUUCCAAACCAGAAGUGAAACCACCUGAGAUUGAUGUCAGUCGUCCAAAGGUGGACAUUUCGCUUUCAGAGGGAAAUGUGGAGGUCAAAGAGCCUGAGGUGGAAAUGAAAGCUCCGGAGAGUCAAGUUGAAAUGAAACAUGAAGAUUUAUCAGUUGAUGGAAAACUAGAAACAUCAGAGAUGGGAUUCAAAAUGGCAACAUUCAAAUUCCCUAAAUUUGGCGCAACGUCAAAGGAUGUAGUCGAUGUCUCUGAUACAGAGAAGGAUAUUAAAGUGCCUGGGGUAGAAAUUAUAGAUCAACUACUUGGAGCUUCAUUACAAAUUGAUUUACCCGAACACGGGGACACAGUUGACAUUAAAGGAUCUAGAGAAGUACAGCUACAUGAUGCUGGAUCUGAAAGGCCCUCAGUUAAAGGUGGAAUGGCAAUAGCCGAAGUGUAUGUUCAUGAAGUUGAAGUUUCAAAACUGACAAUUGAUGAUAAAGGCCAUGGUUCCCCCAGCAAAGGUCAAGGCUCGCCUAGUAAAUUCAAACUUCCAACCUUUAAAAUGCCCAGAUUGAGCAUUUCAAAAUCCAAACCUGAGAAUGAACAUGAUGAUAUAAAUCCAAAUGUUAUUUUGGAGAAUUAUGAGAUUCAAGUAAAACCACAAGGACCAGAGAAAUCACCAAAGUUGACUUUGACAACAUUUGGGGAGGUAUUAAGAAGCAUUGAUGUUGAAUUUGAUGUUCCCAAAUUAGAGGAAGUGGAAGAGAAGCUCACAGGCUCAAGGGAAGAUAUAACAGCCUCAGGGAAAACCAAACUAAAUGCUCAAACCAGUGUUGAAACCCAGUCUGUGCAUAAAGAGGAAGAAGCCAAAGAAAAAUCUAAAUUUGGGUGGGUUAAGUUUCCCACAUUUGGACUAUCUUCUCCUUCAGAAUCUGCCAAGAUUUUAGAAAAAGACACUUCUGAGAAAGGAGGAAGUGAGAAAAGUCCUGAUUCUGUGGAACAAGACGCCAGCUUGACCUUUUCAGUACACUCAUCGGAUGCUUUUGCAGAUAUUAGUUCAACAGUCACAAGCGAACAAUUUGGUCCACCAUUGGCCUCUCCAACCAAAGUCACAGUGAAAUAUUCUGACUCUAUUGCCACUGAGGUACAGGGUGAUGUCAUCACCUCCACAGCAAGGACAACAUUGAUUGCCUUUGAACCCUACUUGGCAGAUAAAGUCACCAUUCCAAUGUCCUCCGGAGUUUCCUCCUCAUCAGUGGACACCCUAAAAUUGGAGUCUGGUACACAUGUCAGCACAUCCAAUAUACAAGCAAUACCAGACACACAGAAGGCCACACUCUUAACAGAUUUUGGAUUGCCGACAGGGACCACCGGAGUUUCUUCUGCAUCUUGGUCAGUGGACGACACCAACAAAACACAGAGUGAUGGGCAAACAGUUAUUGAGAGGCAUGUAGUUAGGGAAAUGUCAGGCACUGACAAGGAAACGGUUUUCAUAACCCAAAAAAUGACACAUGUUUUUGUGGCUGAGCCCAUCUCAGAUGAAACAGCCUCAUCUAUCAAACAGAUAAAAGACACUAUGCAGUCUGAGAAAAUUACAUUUUUUGAUGGGGCUGAAUUGGAGUGACUGGGAGGAAUACAGUAUGAUAAAUCCCUCCAUUGAGGAGUAAUAUCAGUCAGAUUAUUAUUGUGCUCUUAUUAAUUGUGCUUUCAUUUAUGACCAAGUUUUAAUAUAUACAGUUCAAUGUUUUGAGUGUUUACCUAGUACACUAUAUAAGUACACAAAUUGGCAUACAAGCCCCAUGAUACAGGUAGCGUUGUAAAAGCCAACUUUGUCAAUGUAAUUACUUCCGCUGAGACCAGGUCAAUUCCACAGUAACAGAGUGACAGCAGCUAGGUUUCCAUCCAAUUGGGAAUAUUCAAAAAUCUGCAUAAAGAAAAUAUGCAAUCAAGUUUAAAAAAUGUCAUUUUCAAAAUACAUAAAUCAUCCCCGUAUGAUGCAAUUUGCAGCAGGGAUGAUUUCUAUAUUUUGAAAGUUACAUAUUUUGAAAACUUGAUUGCAGACAAGCAAAACAUUUUGGGACUAUGUCAACAAUGAACUAAUGAAACAAAUACCAAAAGAUCGUUUCCGGGUGGAAUUUUUCUUUAAGUUUAUGCAUUAAUUAUUAAAGUUAGACAUUAACUCCAAAUGUUUAAGGUAAAGGUUAAGGAUUUGGGACAGGCAUAAAACAAAAAUAUCAAAAACAACUUUCUUUCGCUGGAUUCGAACAUGAAACCUUUGGCAAAUACACAUCAUCUCCCAACUUCCUCAGACAUGAAUUGUCAUCCAAUACUGACAUCUAUCGGGGUGACUUGCCUCUUCCAAAGUCAUAGUGGGUGGACCACACAAUAGCAUUCAGCCUGGUCUCAUAGACUAGACAUAACAUAGUAAACGCAAUUACGACAUACAAAUCAGUUUGGUAUGGUUACAUAAGACAGAAGGUUACAUAAAGCAAAAAUAAAUGUAAGGUGGCUGGUCGGGGUGGGUGUAUAACAGGAAAGUCUAGCAACCGAAAGGUUGUCUGUUUGAAUCUUAUCAUGGACAACGUUUGCAUUUGAGCUAAUUAUCAACUUUGUAACUACUUACUACUUGUGAGCAACUUUGCUACUACUUAGCAAGAUAACUAACCCUUCCCUAACCUUAACCCUUUAACCUAACUCCUAACCAUAACCCUUAAUCCCUAACCCCUAGUCUAGCUAACAUUAACCACCUAGCCACCUAGCUAACAUUAGCCACAACAAAUUGGAAUUCUUAACAUAUCAUACCUUUUGCAAAUUCGUAACAUAUUGUAUGAUAUGUAUCGGAUAUACAUUUACGAUGUUAGGUCUACCCCUGAGUUGCAGCAUCAUGUGACUCCAAUUGACUUCAAUAUGAUGGUUUUUAUAUACUGUAAAUAUUUGCACAUAAAAGCAUUUCCACCACCAUUUCUCGCAUAAUUAAUUUUACUGACACAAAAUGAUCCCACCUUGUCUAGCUUAUUUAGUUCUCCCCAAAAAAUAAAUUUACUGACAAAUUUGCAGGUCUGUUGUGAAUUUUUUUAAUCUGACAUAGGCUACUUUCUUCGCAUAAAAUCAGAAAAUUUUACAAAAAUACAUUUACUUGAAGAACAGUGCAAAUGCAAAGUUUUAUAACAGAAUGAGAGUUUGUGCCUUAUUCUGUUACCAGCAUUUUUGGUGGUUGUUUCCUUGUUUGCAGAAAUUGUAAUAGUUUGCCUAAUUUCAGUUUAUGUGACAAAACAAGCAUGUAGAGUGUAGAGAAUCAUUGUACCAUCUAAACCACUGUGAAAUAUAUUUCCAUAACUAAAAAUAGAGCAUUUUCAGCUGUUUGAAGCUGGUGUACAAAACUGGAAAUAUAAGACGCAAAAACGAAACGUAAAAACUGGAAGCAUAGAAAUAGCGCACAUAGAACAGAUCUACCACUUCUUGCUUUCAAAGAAAAGGACAGAUCUAUAACUCAUAGUUCUAUGUGAAUUUGGUCCCGUUGCCCAAAAAGUUACGUAAUGCAGCUUUAAAAGUAGUCAUUGUGCAUAGAGUUGUACGGUUUGUUUAACUUUGCAAUCAUUGAUUUUGGUUUGACAUAUAUUUUAAAGUAAAAUAUAUGAGUCUCAGUGUCACUCUGUUACCAUGGAAUUGUACACCACUGAGACCAUUGCUGUUUUUAGACAUCUCUGCAAAUUGUUAUGCUGUACAUAUAAUGAAGAGGAACUUGUUAAUCCACUGCCAUAUGCAUUUAUGAAUGAUCUCUGAUGUCUGCUCUUUAUUCGACAGGCAUAUAUAGAUAUAAGGUAUAAAUGAUCAUGAGUCUGAAAAAAUGAAUACGUAAUGAUAUACAUACAAACCAUGCAACAUUAAUAGAACAAAAACAGAACACAUAUAAGGAACUAUUCAAAUCUGUACACGUAAUACCAUGAAAUACAUGAUGCUAAAAUUGAAUGCUUGUAAUCACAGUAAAAAGCAGAAAAUAUAUAUUGAUGCAACUAUAUUUUGAUUAUAAUGAUGCCUAGUUUUGAUUUGCCAUAAUGUAAAACUAAUAGAUUUUGUUUUCUGAAUUUGUGCAAAGUAGAAACAUUUGAACACCUAUGUAAAUAGUUGAUUUAUUCAUUUAUACUGCCUUAUUUUGAUUGUUGCUAUUGCCUUAUUCUGCACUGAUGUAGUCAAUUUAUUUGCAAAACUAUAAAUAAUAAAUAUUCUAAUA